AUGCUGCUAUGUUUCAUAUCAUCAUUUAUUAAUAUAUAUUAUAAUAAUCACUCAUGUGUUCUUGUGUUUCAGGUCUCAGUGGAGCGGAUGAUGCUCAUGUGUUCAUCAGUUCUGGUGAAGAUGUCCGUCUGUCCUGUAAUAUUGCUCUUCAUGACUGUAAAUCAACUACAUGGAACUAUAACAGAGAUUCAUCAGCAGUUGAACUGUUUGCUGGAGGGAGAAAGAAGAAAAACAGGAAGGGUCAUGAGAGACUGAGUCUGGGGUCUGACUGCUCUCUGAACAUCAAGAGCGUCACAGAAGAAGAUUGUGGAUCUUACUUCUGCAGACAAUAUGUGAAUAAUCAACAACAAGGAACUGAUGCUCGUGUUUAUCUGCAUGUUCUUCAUGUCUUUUCUUCAUCACCGUCACAGACUGAGAUCAGUGCAGGUCUCUCUCUGACUCUCUUCUGUCAGUUGUAUUCAUCAUAUCCUCGAGUCUCUUGUGGUGAUUGGAUCCGUUCUGAGGGAAUUGAUCUGUUCUGGGUGAAUCAGGCUGGUGAUAAACUGACGAGAUCAGACUCCAGAUAUCAGAUAUCAUUCUCAUCAGAUCACUGUAUCAGCUCUCUGACUACAACAAUCCUGAAUGAAGAUCACAACAGAGAGCGGAGAUGUGAAGUUACUCAGAGAGAUCAACUCAAGACCUCAGUGACAUACACUGUCAAGAUCUCAGCUCGAUCUGAUUCAGAAACAGCAGAGACUUCAGUCCACAUCACAGACUCAACUACAACUACAUCAACUACUUCUACACCAGAUGUCAGAAGAGCGACUGAUGACUCUGUGGAGCAGACAGAUGAUGUGACUUACACUGAAGUUACUGCGUGCAGUAAAAACAGAUCCAAGAAGAACAAGGUUCGCUGUGAUGAUAAAGUGACUUACGCUUCAAUCAGAGGAACAAAAGCUGGAGCUCAGGAAAACUGCAGUCAACUUUAUGCCUCUGUGAACAAGAACCAUCACAAAUCAGACAAAUAA